CUCCCGCGCGGGAGCCGAGAAUAGUCGUCCUUAACUUCCUUAACUUUUCCCAUUCAUUCUCUAUGGUAGUUCUUAUCACUACGGAUGUAAUAUUUUUCUGGCCACAAGCGGGAUUUUGGUGGCGCUGUUUCCCCCCUCGGCAGAAGUAAGGAGAUGAUUUCUUUUCUGAGUGACAGACAGCAUCGAACGUUCUCGGGCGUUGAACGUUCUGGAAGAGUUGACAAUUAUUUUCAUCCGUGGACAAGUUUACUUUUCGCCAGGAGACACCAAGUUAACAACAACAAGUUAGCUUUUCAAUUUGAAAAGAAAUCAUGAAUCCCGUCAGCUUCUUCCCCGGAAAGAUGACGGUGACAUUUAGGAGGGGACCAUCUGGUCAUCUGCGGCAGGACCCAUCCUCUGAAGCCAUGAGGAUAAAACAUAAUCCUGGGCUUCAGGUCAAUAGUCCCGCUGAGAAACCUGAGCUAGUGAAGACCAGCGCUCGCACUGUGGUCAUCCAGCGAGGAGGGGAUGUGUCGGACCGACAGGAGGUGAUGGGAGAGUACCUGCUGCAGUUCGGCAAGUACCAGGGAAAAUCGUUCAAGUGGAUCCUCGAGAACGAUGUCGGCUACACCAUCUACCUGAUGAAAAAGGUAGACGAUGAGGAGAGAGCCGGGACCUUCAACCCACAGGGACACAGUAAGGACAGCCUGCUGUCUUUUCUGGACUAUGCCAGGAGCUUCCAGGAAAUACAGGACCUGAGGAACUACCUGAUCUCCAGGAACCCUGCUGAACCAGUGGCGUCAGAGGGGGACAAUAUUGUCGGCUUUGGUCGCAGGGCCAAAACCACCUGGAGGCAGAUCUGGGAGAGCAGGGCGGAUGGUUAUGCUGCCUACAUCUCACGCCAAAAGUGCAUCAAAAACAGCAAGAUGUACAACCUGCAGCAGUACAUCCUCAAGCAGGAAAGGGCUGAAUCCUGUCCAACACCUGCAGAAGGCUCCACCACAUCUACUGCCUCCACCCCAACAUCAGGCACUCUAGGUCAGUUCACAACAAUAUUCAAAUACUGACUUCAUGAUCUUUGAAUGUACC